UAUCUUAUCAUUAACGAAACAUAUUCCACGGCGGGCAGUCGCGUCUCUCGUGAUAAAUUUUAAAAUUUUCCUUUAAGGUAUUAGAAAUAUAAGAGUACCUACAAAUAUGGUGGAUAGUGAUAUUGUUGAAGCGUCCAAAGCGGAGGACUAUCAUGUGGGACAUUUAUUUUUGGCGGUUAUGAAGAAGAAUCCGGAUGGACUCAAUCAGAUAGACGCCGCCACAGGAGAGAAAGAGACAAACGCAUCAGUACUCAGUAGGUCUGUUCGCUUGGCCAAAUGCCUGCGAAGACUGGGCCUACAGCCUGGAGACGUCUUGGCUUUGGGCGGUCCCAAUCAUAUCAAUUUACACAUUCCUUACUAUGCGGCAAUGCUUAACGGAUUACCGCUGGUUGGGGCCGAUCACACUUAUAAAUAUGAUGAAGUUCACGCACUUUUCAAACAGACUGAACCAAAAAUAGCGUUUUGUCAAUAUGAGAAGUCUGAAAUUUUUGAGAGAGCCGCGAAAACUUUAAACUUAGACACAAAAAUAGUAACUUUUGAUAAAGGCAAUUGCACAAUGGAGAAAUUCAUGGAUUCUUACGAUGAAGAUGGCUCUUUGGAAGGGUUUGAACCUGCCAGUUUCGACCUGGACAAAAUAUAUUUGUGGCUGAUAGGCACGGGCGGCACCACGGGGCGGUCCAAGAUAGCAGCCUUCAAACAUAGACCCUGGGUGGAGAAGGCCGUGCAGUACUUGCAAAUGGUCAGACUGCUUCAGGCGAAGCUUCAAAAACCAGAAAGUGACAACCAAAAUAAAACCUGGGCAGAUAACACGGCAUUAAAUCUAUCCCCGAUUCACUGGAUAUCCGGCUUCUUCAACCCGAUCGCCAUGGCUAUGUCUGGAAAUUGCAAAAUACAGACAUCAGCCGAACAAACUGCCGAGCAUGUCAUUGAUAUCAUUAAUACGUAUAAGCCCACAAAUAUGCUGAUGGGACCAUCUCUGAUGACGUCCAUACUCAACCACGAGAAGCAGUGUGACUUCAGUUGCUGCAAUAUAAUUACUUUGACCGGGGGACAGGUUUAUAAGGAUAUACUGGUUAGGUUGAAGAAACGUGUGAGAGAAGACACAUUAAUUUUCGUGGCUUACGGGCAAACAGAAACUUUGGGACCCUGUUUGAGUCCACUCCCAUUCGGACCUCUAGGCAACUGCGGGAAACCUAUGUCAAAUAUGCAGAUAAGGUUAGUAGACCCAGAAACAGGGAAGGAUAUAACGGAACCGAAUACUCCAGGCGAGCUGUGGACUAAGGGACCGUGUUUUACAGAGUACUACAACUCCCCAGAGGAGACUGCGCAGGCGUUUACAGAAGACGGCUGGUACAAGACCGGGGACAUAUUGUUUAGAGACGACAAUAACUUUUAUUUCUUUGUCGAGAGGCUCAAGAUGCUCAUCAAAUAUAGGAAUCAACACGUGCUACCAGUAGAACUGGAAGAAGUGAUCCGCUCGCACCCAGACGUGUUCGACGUGGGCGUAACCAGCAUCCCCUCGGAGCAAGACGGGGAGCAUCCCGUGGCUUGCGUGGUGACCCGCCCCGGCAGCCACGUCACUGCUCAGCAAAUACAUACUCUAGUCGCUGACAAGCUGUCGGAGAGCAAGCAGCUGCGCGGCGGCGUGGUGUUCCUGCGGGAGCUGCCGCUCACCUCCACCGGCAAGCUGGCGCGCGCCGCGCUGCGCAAGCUCGUGCUCGAUUGUGAGAGAUUAUGAAUGGCAAAUCAUUAUUAAAUAAAGUGAACAGUAUUGAUGAUGAGAUUUGAAAUCAUUUCUUGAAGGUAUUAUGUAAUUUUAAUCAAUAAUGUAAAUUCCUUAUUUUGUAAAUAAAUAUAUUUUUAUACAAA